GCGCUGUGUCAGUUGGCGCGCGACCAUCACACCAUAAGCACCCCACUACACCAUCUGGGGAAGGUGCCAGCACACAUUUACGAAUUGACAUAAGCGCCGAGGAAGAACGCGUCAUUCCCGAGCGAGCUCAGCGCAGCUGAGACACCGAAAGGAAACUGUCUAAGGCAGCGGCCGCAGCCAUUCGAUCGGAAGAAGAGUCGGAGGGUCUCGGGAAGAAGGGCAACCGAGCAGAACGGAGGAGCGCGGAAACGUUGGCGGGGUCACGAAGGUGUUUGGGGGGCGGGGGGGCAGGAAGGGGACUGCCAGGGCUUAAAGGGAACUGCUGUAGCAGCAGCAGAAACAGCAGCAGCUGUAGCAUGCUGGGUCUGCUGCUCCUGCCGUCCCUUUUGGCUCUGCUGCCAUGUUCAUGCUUGGCCACCACCCACGUCUUCACCAACUCCUUCUUGGUGAAGAUCCCCGGCGCCGACAACAACCUCGCUCACACCGUCGCCGCCAGGAAUGGAUUCGAGAAUCGAGGACCGAUUGCCGGCUUGCCUGAGGAGUUCCACUUUGUACAUCACGCCCUCCCUCAUGCCCGAUCGAAGAGGAGCGUGCCCCAUAUGCGAAAACUCAAAGCUGACCCCCUGAUCCAUUCUGCAUACCAGCAAGUCGGCUUCAAACGGGUGAAGAGAGGAUUUAAGCUUCUCAAAGUCGAGAAUCUUGUGCCACUUCAGACCAUUCAAAGUCACCAAGAUCCAACGGAUCCUUUCUUUCCUUACCAAUGGUACCUGAAGAACACAGGGCAGAAUGGUGGGAAGCCAAAAUUAGAUCUGAACGUGGAAGCCGCUUGGGCUCAAGGGUUUACCGGUCGCAAUGUCACCACUGCAAUCAUGGACGACGGCAUCGACUAUAUGCACCCUGAUCUUCGUAACAACUACAACGCACCAGCCAGUUGGGAUUUCAGUAGCAACGAUCCGUUUCCUUACCCUCGGUAUACUGAUGAUUGGUUUAACAGCCAUGGCACUCGGUGCGCGGGAGAAGUUUCAGCCGCACGAGACAACGGUGUUUGUGGUGUUGGGGUCGCCUAUAACUCCCUAGUAGCAGGUAUAAGAAUGUUGGACCAGCCAUACAUGACUGACCUGAUUGAAGCCAACAGUAUGGGUCACGAACCAAAUCUUAUUCAUAUAUACUCAGCUUCCUGGGGACCUACUGAUGAUGGAAAGACGGUUGAUGGACCCAGAAAUGCAACAAUGAAGGCCAUUGUUCGGGGAGUGAAUGAGGGUCGCAACGGACUAGGUAACAUCUAUGUAUGGGCAUCUGGCGAUGGUGGGGAGGACGACGAUUGCAAUUGUGAUGGAUAUGCAGCUAGUAUGUGGACCAUCAGUAUUAAUUCAGCCAUCAAUGAUGGUUCAAAUGCUCAUUACGACGAAUCUUGCUCUUCUACUCUUGCAUCAACUUUCAGUAACGGUGCUAAAGAUCCAAGCACAGGCGUGGCAACAACUGAUCUCUACGGGAAAUGCACAAAAACACAUUCUGGAACUUCAGCAGCUGCACCGGAAGCCGCUGGAGUUUUCGCUCUUGCCCUUGAAGCUAACCCACUACUAACUUGGCGUGACAUUCAGCAUCUGACUGUUCUUACUAGCAAAAGAAAUUCUCUCUUUGAUGCCAAGAGGAGAUUUGCAUGGCAUAUGAAUGGUGUUGGAUUAGAAUUCAAUCAUCUCUUUGGAUUUGGUGUUCUGGACGCAGGUGCCAUGGUUGCUCUGGCUAAGGACUGGGUGACAGUACCUCCUCGGUAUCACUGCCAAGCGGGAAUUUUCGCAGAAUCUAAGCAAAUGUAUGUUAACAAGUCCGUAGUAAUGGAAAUAGAGACUGAUGCUUGUGCAGGCAGUGAAACAGAAGUCAACUACUUAGAACAUGUGCAAGCAGUCAUCACUUUGAAUUCUACCCGCCGAGGGGAUGUGGAACUAUUCCUGGUCUCUCCAAUGGGAACAAAAUCAAUGAUUCUUAGUCAACGUCCUAACGAUGACGAUGGUCGUGAUGGAUUCACCAAGUGGCCGUUCAUGACUACCCACACUUGGGCUGAAAAUCCUCGAGGAAAGUGGAGAUUAGAGGCUCAGUUAUCAAGCAACACUCCACAGGAUGGAUGGCUUAAAGAAUGGACAUUAAUGCUACAUGGAACCAGGGAUGCCCCAUAUGACCACCUCUCCGUCAAAGACCCUAAUUCAAAACUUGCUAUAGUUAAGAAGGCACAUGAAGACAAGAAAAAAAUGUAAUUCCAUGGAAAAUCGAUAAACAUAUGAAACAGAAAAGUAGUUAACUAUUAAAUUUGCUUAAUUGAUUCGAGAGUGAAUGACACCUGCAGAUCCCUCCGACUGUAGUGGGAGACAAAUGCAGAGAAAGUGCAAGAAAACUACUGCCACAUAAAAAUGAGUUCAAACAGCCACUUCAACACAAGGUUGCAUUGAUCUCUGAAUUGGUGGAGGAAGUAAACAUUGGUUAGUAAACUUAAGAAAGAGAAGUAGACAUAAUAUCUCCUUAUUACAAUAUGCCAUAGAAGCAGCCCUUUUUGCCUAGUAGCUUAUUGGCCCCACUGACAUAGAUCCCAGCCCUACGUCAGUGGGGCCUUGCUCUAGUGGGGGCUGCUCAUUCAUUCCAGAUAACCCUUAGGAAAUGGAAGUCUUGAGCCUGCUUUACCAUAAAGCAGAAACAAGUACAGUAUAGGUAAAUCAACAGAGUCAUAUAUUCACAGAGUAAAGUUAGAAAGUGUAUUCUUUUAGAAACUACAUUACAUAUAUAUAUAUAUAUAUACAU